CCUGACACAUCCUACCUUUCUAUCAGCAUGCUCAAUUCUAGGGCGAUCAGCGAGUUGCUGUCGCGCAACAGUGACAAGCUGUGCAAGCGAUGGUAUCUGAUGACACCAAAUGGGACCUUGCUGGCGUACAGUCAACCCGUGGAUAUCAACGAUCUACGGAAACAGGCUGCCAUUGCAGCUAUCUGCUGGCAGGAGCAUCAACACCAGGAUGCAGCACGGGACUAUGAAGCAGAAGUUCCAGGCGAGCAACGAGAAGACGGCGAGCGAAAUUCUGUGCAUGUUUUGACAAUUGAGUCGGAGAACUCCAACAUCAUCAUGCGGCAGAUCCAGGCACAGCUUUUACUUGUCUUGGAAGGUGGCGUACCUCCAAGACGCGCUGGGUUUAUAAAGAGUAUCACAGCAGAAUGUGCAGAUGGGACCAGAUUGCUCCCAAACCAGAAAAACGGAAGCUCUUACGCCACGUCGACCGCCGUGCGUGAUGAGAGUGUGGGCAAAGGAGCGGCGAACGUCCUCAAGCUCCAGCGGAAGAAGCUGGAUGCGUUGGCGGACGUUGUCCUCGGCGACUUCGAGACGACAGAAUUCCGAAUGCCGCAAGGCUCAACCGUCUUCUGAAGUUCUGAUGACGAUCUUACAUGUAGCUGAGCGUGGACUUGGCUGAGAAAUUUAUCCUGCGUUGGCGGGUCUCGCAAGGGCAAGGUGAUUGCUGGACUAACCUAUGCAAACAUGCCGACGGUGCCGCACGUCAAAUCUGCGCUGCCUCCAGCGGGGUUUGGUAGAGGGUGUAUCACGAUGUGGGGUGAGCUCUCCAUUGGACUUUUGAGUUUGAGGACGACUUCUAUGGUUGCCGGCAUCGCUUGCCAAUGAUCCGAUUGCACUACCCAUCCAUGACACUAGAAAAAUGCACAUAAAGCAGGCUUCUUGCUCCUCUCCGUUGGUAAACAGUGUUCUCAAUUCUUUCCUUGAUCAGCGCCCAGCUUCAGCAACAAGCAACAACAAAAGCCAUGAGUGGACCUACCCAAAAGGUGCUCAUCCCGGAGAAAGUAUCCCCAGACGGCCUCAAACUGCUCCAGGCUUCCCUUGAGGUGCACGAAAAGAAUGGUCUGAGCCCAGAUGAACUCGAAGCGAUCAUACCAGAGUAUGAUGCUCUUAUCAUUCGUUCGGAGACCAAGGUCACUGCGUCUCUCCUUGCUGCCGGAAAGAAGCUACGUGUGGUAGCAAGAGCAGGAGUGGGAGUCGACAACGUCGAUCUAGACGCAGCCACCAAGCUCGGUAUUAUUGUUGUGAACAGUCCGCAAGGCAAUAUCAAUGCCGCGGCCGAGCAUACAAUUGCUCUGUUGAUGGCAGUAGCUCGCAACAUUGGGGCCGCGUCUGUCAGUAUUAAAUCUGGCAAAUGGGAGCGUAGUAAGCUGGUUGGCAUCGAGGUAAAGGGCAAGACCCUGGGUGUGGUUGGACUUGGAAAGGUUGGGUUGACUGUAGCCCGUGCUGCUGGUGGGCUGGGCAUGAAUCUGGUGUCGUAUGACCCGUAUGCUAAUCUGACUGCUGCGGCUGCUGCGAACGUCGAACUUGUAGACUCGCUCGAUGAACUGCUGGAACAGGCCGAUGUACUCACUAUCCAUUUGCCAAUGAUUGCCUCCACCAAAGGCAUGAUAGGUCUGAAGGAACUAUCAAAAAUGAAAAAGACUGCACGCGUGCUGAACGUAGCUCGAGGCGGGAUCAUCGAUGAGGCGGCCCUUUUAGAAGCACUGGAGACUGGAGUCAUUGCCGGCGCUGGGAUCGAUGUAUUCACCUCGGAGCCGCCCAAGGAAGGCGACACAGCUUCGAAGCUCAUCAACCAUGCAAAGGUAGUCGCCACGCCACAUUUAGGUGCCUCCACUGUCGAAGCUCAGGAGAACGUAUCCAUCGACGUCUGUGAGCAGUGCAUCAGCAUCCUAGCAGGACAACUUCCACGCAGCGCAGUGAAUGCUCCCAUCAUUCUGGCGGACGAAUUUCGCACGCUCGCACCCUUUGUGGCUCUCAUGGAAAAGAUGGGCAGCCUUUACAUGCAACACUUUGGACCCUCGAAUACUGCUCAACGCCUUCGCACAACAUUCGAUCUAGAAUACUCUGGCACUCUGGCCAACACAAACACAACCAAGCCCCUCUUUGCCGCGCUCAUCAAAGGUCUCCUCCAACCUAUCACAAGCGCCGAAAACACAAAUAUAAACAUUGUCAAUGCCGAGCUGGUCGCCAAGGAGCGCGGUAUCAUAGUGAGCGAGUACCGGGCGAGAGAAAAAGACGAGGGAGAGGGCUACUCCGCCUCCGUUACACUGCGUGCUCGCCAUGAUCCCAGGUCCCCUUCUUCCAGUAGGACUCGUCCUGGGAUUGAACGUACAUCUUCUACCACGGGUCGUGUCAAGAAGCUCGAAGAUCAAGUUAUUUCCGGUUUCGUGUCGAAUAAUUCUCCAUGUAUUUCCCGCCUUGGACGGUUCAGCACUCAAUUUGUGCCUCGAGGUACGCUUCUGAUCUGCAGGAACUAUGACUCUCCUGGCAAGAUUGGGACAGUGGGUAUGAAACUAGGUCAAGCUGGAGUCAACAUUAAGUUUAUGAGUGUUGCUCCAAUCGAUGACGAGAAGCCGUUUAACGCUGGUGACGUCGAGGGGGCAGAUCCGCAGGGCAAAGAGAACGAGGCAUUGAUGAUACUUGGUGUUGAUCGUGCCAUCGACGAGGCUGUGAAGAAGGAUCUGUUGAGUACGAGUGGAAUGUUUGAAGUUGGUGUGGUAGUGCUGGAUUGAAGGAUAAGAUGCACUUAUUUACUCGAGUGAGCAAUAAAGGAAAAGUUCAACACAAUAGGAUGUAGUGGAGAGAGAGAGGAGAGAGAUAUAUAUACCCGGUCAUUCAGACAGCCUCAAGAACCCCUCUGAAGUUUUAUAUAUAGAUGAGGAGUUGCCGAUAAGGGUGUAACAGGGUCAGUCAGCAGAUUGCAUGUCCCGGAAGGCGCCACCAACACCACUGCCUCAGCUCUCACGUCUUUUUCAGCACUUGGACACAUCCAUUUUCACAUCAAACCUCAACUCUUGACACAUCCUCGUCAUGGCCGUCAACGCAGUUCCCCAAGACCGAGAUCUCCUCAAGCCAUACUUCUCUUCGAACGACGCCCACAAAGACCCACCACACCUCCAGGCCACGAUCAAAGCCCUCGGACUGAUCUCACACCCCGAAGGAGGCUAUUUCGUGGAAACCGACCGAGACCCUCUCAUCAUCCCCAACCCCCUCCCGAAAUCCUCUUCUCCUUCUUCUCAAGCAGACUCGACUCGAAAUGCCAGCACGACAAUUCACUACCUCCUGACACCUUCCUCUCCCUUGGGAACUUGGCACCGCAAUAAAGCUCGAAU